AUGGCAGGAAGACAACAAGCUAAAUCUGGUGCAAAAGGAUUCAACCCGAAACAAUAUGAGCGUCCAGGUCUUACAGAAGACGAGAUUGAGGAAAUCAAGGAAGCUUUCGAUUUAUUCGAUACUGAUGGUUCAGGGACAAUUGACCCAAGAGAACUCAAAUCUGCAAUGCAGUCCCUUGGCUUUGAAGCUAAAAACCAAACCAUUUAUCAAAUGAUCAGCGACUUAGAUAAAGAUGGGUCAGGCGCUAUUGACUUUGACGAAUUCUUAGACAUGAUGACUGCCAGGAUGAGUGACAAAGACACCCGUGAAGACAUCAACAAGGUUUUCAGGCUGUUUGACGACGACAAAACUGGCUACAUCACAAUAAAGAAUUUAAGAAGAGUAGCUAGAGAACUAGGAGAAACCAUGACUGACGAAGAGCUUCUGGAGAUGAUUGAAAGAGCUGACAGUGAUGGAGAUGGACAGGUUACACCUGAAGACUUUUACAACAUCAUGACUAAAAAAGCAUUCCCUUAA